UCAUUUGGCCAAACUGCGUCGAUCCGAUGGUGACCAUGCCCCCCAAAGAAGUUAUGGAUCCAUCGGAGCAGUAUCGAUCGUCGCAGGUGGUGGUCUCAUCGAACAAGGAUCGAUAAGCCUAGGAACUGGGAAAAAAAAAUAUUAGAACAUAAAAAAAAAUAUUAGAACAUAAAAAAAAAUAUUAGAACUGGAAAAAGUGGCCGCCGGCGAGAUAACGGCCGCCGCCGGCGAGAUUCCGGCGGCCGCCAGCGAGAUAAAAAAACUCACCCCUGUACCGUUCGCCGCCGCCGCCACGCCGCCCUCGACCUCUUCCUCUGCCGCCGGGGGCUUGUUGCUCGUCGUCGGACAUCCUGCGUCGCCGCUGUUGCUGGGGCGCUGCCGCUCUCUUCGCCGCGCCGCCGCCUGGGUCUGAGGCGCUGCCGCCAACUGCUAGGCUUCGCCGCUCGGUUGUUGGCGUCGGCGCUGGUAGGGUGAAGGAGGGGAUGGAGGGAGGAUGAGAGGAGGUAAGGGAAAGGGAAGGGAUGAAUGGGUGGGGUGUCUGGUGCUGGACGAGGGAGGGGAAUUAAAAAAAAAAGGAAGCCAGCGAGGGCGCCCCAGUCUAUGGCACUGGCGCAAUUUGAAAUUUUUGAAAAUUUCAAAUUGCGCCAGCGCCAUAGACUGGGGCGCCCUCGCUGGCUUCACCUUAAAAAUCUCUAUUUGCUGAGUCUCGGGCGCCGUCGCCAACUUUCCUCAUCAAAACACAAUAUUGUUGUAAAUACUUUUAAAAACACAAUAUUCGUGGUAAAUAAAAAAAAACAAUAUUUAGCGAAUUAACCCACCCUCAAACCACUAAAGUUACUCACCCUCCCAUUUUCAAUUUUCAUUUCCGGUGUUAAAAGCUUGAAAGAGACGAAUCGUCGUUUCACUCCUGAACUGGCGUCGUUUUCGCGAGAUUUUGGCAUUCGGAUUUCGGAGGAGAGAGAGACGAGCAAAGGGUUUUCGGCAGGGCAGGCAGAGAGAGGAAAACAGGAAGCAAGGCCGCGGCGUCAUCAGCUGCGUUGCGCAGAAGCAGCGAAAUUGAUCUGAGAAGACGAGAGAGAGAGAAAGAGAAAUAAGAAAAGCCGAAACCUCUGAUGCCGCCAUCUUCGCUUGUUAUAGCUGGCAUUCCGUUCCCCUUUCGCCGUCGAUAGAGAAAGGAAGGCAGCGAAUUGGGAAGAGGUCGGAGACUAUAAAGGGAUAAUCGUUACUUCAUUUCCCCCCCUGCGCCAGUGCUGCUGCUUUCUGAUAGUCAUCCGCUCAUUUCUCCGUCGAUUCGAUCGUCGUCGAGCUUUCCUGCUCACAGAAAGAACAGUAGCGAAAGCCAUUGGCGAAAGGAGGGACAGGAAGACGGGAAUUGAGAUAUCGGAGAUCAGAUCGCGGUGGUGAAGUUGUCGACUUGGUAGUUGUGCCUGCUGUGCUCCAACUUGCUGCGCUCCUGUCACCGAUCGUCGUCCUUCGACCUCCCAUUGUGGAUAGUUUGUGUGAGUUUGCGUCCGAUAAGCCCUGGGAUUGGUCCGUGUUAAUUAUCUCUACGCUCAGUGUAGAAUUACAGGUUCUCUUUGUAUUCCGUAUCUAAUCCAUUGUGCUUGGACAGCCUUCUUUUUCCAGAUCUAGAUUUCGUUAUAUGCGAUGGAUACGAAUCCUUCCCGUGCCUCUCUCGAUCCAGUGGUUGUUUGAAUCUAUACGAGUUUAAGCAGCUUGUUCAUUUAGUGCUGCUGUUGCUCCAGAAUGACUAUGGGGCAUCAGGCAGGAACUGCUGCUUCACUCCAGAAUGAAGUCGGCAGUGCCCUUCACAAGCCUACAAAGGGUGCUUUCGCCUGCAUGGUUAAUUCGGAAAUUGGUGCAGUUUUGGCUGUGAUGAGGAGAAAUGUGAGGUGGGGUGUUCAGUAUGCCGCAGAUGAUGACCAGCUGGAGCAUAAUCUUAUUCACUCAUUGAAAGAAUUGAGGAAACAGGUCUUUACAUGGCAGCAAGACUGGCAUCAAAUCGAACCGGCUAUAUACCUCAACCCAUUUUUGAACGUAAUUAGAUCCAUGGAAACUGGAGCACCAAUCACGGGAGUUGCUCUGUCUUCUGUGUACAAGAUACUGACACUUGAUGUGCUUUCUGUGAACACGGUAAAUGUGGGAGAGGCUAUGCAACUGAUUGUUGAUGCUGUUACAAGCUGUAAAUUUGAGGUUACUGAUCCUGCCUCCGAAGAAGUAGUGCUAAUGAAGAUUCUUCAAGUCCUGUUAGCAUGCAUGAAAAGUAAAGCCUCAUCCGAGUUGAGUAAUCAACGUGUGAUUAAUAUAAUAAAUACUUGCUUCCGUGUGGUACAUGAAGCUAGUUCUAAAGGAGAAUUGUUGCAGAGAAUAUCACGUCACACAAUGCAUGAACUGGUCAGAUGUAUUUUCUCACGCCUACCCUCUCUCAAGAUUGAAAAGCUAGCCAAUGGAAGCUCAAGUGUUGGUACAGAGGAACUGGAGGAGCAUAGUUUUGGUCGUACACAAGCGGAAAAUGGUGCUCUGCGGGGUGGAAAUGAUGGCCCUACUUCAACAAGUGACUCUUCAAGUGAUCUCACAAGUGGAUUAAGACAUAUGAAGGAUGCGAAAGAGUUUGUUAUUAUUAGUGAGGCGGAAGCUGACAGUAACACUGAGAAAGAUAUGGCAGAGCCAUUUGGAGCUGGAUGCAUGGUGGAGAUAUUUCACUUCCUAUGUUCUCUUUUGAAUGUUGUUGAUCACAUUGAUAUGGGUCCUAGAUCAAAUCCCGUUGCAUAUGAUGAAGAUGUCCCAUUGUUUGCUUUGGGUCUGAUCAACUCAGCUAUUGAACUGGGGGGUCCCUCAUUCAGAGACCACCCUGAAUUGCUAUCCUCGAUUCAAGAAGAUCUAUUUUGCAAUUUGAUGCAGUAUGGUUUGUCGAUGAGCCCACUGAUUCUUUCGACAGUAUGUAGCAUUGUUCUCAAUCUUUAUCAUCAUUUACGUGUGGAGCUGAAAGUACAGUUGGAAGCCUUCUUUUCAUGUGUACUCUUGCGGGUUGCUCAGGGCAAGCAUGGGUCUUCAUAUCAGUUACAGGAAGUUGCAAUGGAAGCUCUGGUUGAUCUGUGCAGGCAACCAACAUUCAUGACUGAAAUGUUUGCUAAUUUUGAUUGUGACGUAGCCUGCAGCAAUGUUUUUGAAGACAUAGCUAACUUGUUGUCCAAGAGCUCUUUUCCAGUAAAUGGUCCAUUGUCUGCGAUGCAUGUUGUUGCAUUAGAUGGUAUGACAUCAAUGAUUCAGGGUAUAGCUGAUAGGUUGGGCAGUGAUAUGUCUGUAUCUGAAGUGGCUGCUACAGAAGAUGGCGAGGGAUUCAAGGCAUUUUGGACAAUAGAAUGCGAGAAUUUCGUGGAUCCUAAAUUUUGGAUUCCCUUUGUUCAGAAGAUGAGGAACAUUAAGCAAAGACUGAUGGUUGGAGCCAAUCAUUUUAAUCAAAAUCCAAAGGAAGGUUUAGAGUUUCUCCAGCAAUCACAUCUUUUGCCUGAUAAACUUGAUCCCCAAAGUGUGGCAUCUCUGUUUAGAUAUACUUCUUGCUUGGAUAAGACACUUAUUGGAGAUUUUCUAGGGAAUCAUGAUGAAUUUUGUAUUCAUGUGCUUCAUGAGUUUGCUAGAACCUUUGAUUUUAAAGGGAUGAAUCUAGAUACAGCAUUGCGCCUCUUCCUGGGAACUUUCCGGUUGCCUGGGGAAUCUCAAAAAAUACAGAGGGUGCUAGAAGCGUUCGCUGAGAGAUACUAUGAACAGUCUCCUGAUAUAUUAGCCAACAAGGAUGCUGCUCUUUUGCUCUCUUAUUCACUUAUCAUGUUGAAUACUGAUCAACACAACGUGCAGGUUAAGAAAAAAAUGACAAAAGAAGACUUCAUUCGCAAUAAUCGCCAUAUUAAUGGCGGGAAAGACCUUCCCAGGGAGUACCUUCUAGAGCUUUAUGGCUCAAUUUGCGAGAAUGAAAUUCAGUUGAUUCCUGAGCAAGUUGCUGGUUUUCCUUUGAUGACUGCUGGGUGCUGGGUUAAUGUAGUCCACAAAUCUAAAAUUGUCAACCCUUUUAUCAUCUGUGAUUCUGGAACCCUCCUUGACCAUGAUAUGUUUGCCAUUUUGUCUCGCCCAACAGUUGCUGCUCUCUCUGUAGUUUUUGAUCAGGCAGAGCAAGAACAGGUUUUGCAGAUGUGUAUCGAUGGAUUCCUGGCUAUUGCUAAAAUUUCUGCUCGUUAUCAUCUAGUUGAACUGCUUGAUGAUCUGAUUGUGUCCCUCUGCAAGUUUACUGGCUUGUUAGCACCACCGUUCCUGGCAGAUGAAGUUAUUCUGGCCUUAGCAGAAGACACCAAAGCAAGGAUGGCAAUCACAACAAUUUUCAUUGUGGCCAACAGAUACGGUGAUUACAUACGCAUGGGGUGGAAAAACAUUUUUGAGUCCGUCCUUAUCCUUCACCAGCUUGGCCUUCUUCCAGCUGGACUUGCUAGUGAUACAGCUGAUGAUACAGAGCCAUCUAAUGACUUGGAGAGGGUAAAAUCCGCACCAAGUUCUUUGUCAUCGCUCCGUCCACCAUCUGGGAUCACACCUCGGAAAUCAUCGGGUUUCAUGGGCCGGUUCACCCAGCUGUUAUCUUUUGAUAUAGAAGAGCCCAAGUCCUUACCAACCGAGGAGCAGCUUAGAGCUCAUCGUCUCACUCGUGAAGCAAUACAAAGUUGCCACAUUGAUAUAAUAUUUAUAGAGAGCAAAUUUCUCCAAGCAGAGUCUUUACUCCAUCUGGUGCAGUCAAUUAUCCUGGUAGCCAGUCGUCUCACCAAGGAAACCAGCUUCUCUUUGGAAGAUGAAGUGGGUCCUGUGUUCUGUUUGGACCUGCUAAUUGCAAUUACACUGAACAACAGAGAUAGAAUCAUGCUUAUCUGGCAACUUGUAUAUGAACAUAUUGCAGCGAUUGUUCAGUCAACCAUAAUGCCAUGUACCCUUGUGGAGAAAGCUGUGUUUGGGCUGCUAAGGAUAUGCCAGCGGCUGUUACCCUACAAGGAAAACCUGACUGAUGAGCUGCUGAAGUCUCUGCAGUUGAUAUUAAAACUUGAUGCACGAGUUGCUGAUGCUUAUUGUGAGAACAUAACAAACGAAGUUAAGCGCAUGGUGAAGUCGAAUGCAAUUCAUAUCAGAUCCCAUCUUGGUUGGCGUACAAUCACCUCCCUUCUAUCCAUUACUGCUAGACACCCUGAAGCAUCUGAAGCAGGAUUUGAGACGCUAGCCUUUAUUAUGUCAGAUGGUUCACACCUUUUGCCAUGUAACUAUAUUCUCUGUGUUGAUGCAGCAAGACAAUUUGCCGAGUCCCGGUUGGGCGAUGAUGCUCACAGGUCAAUCUCUGCCCUAGAUAUGAUGAUGGGAUCUGUUGUCUCUCUGGCGAGAUGGUCUUCUGAAGCAAAGAAUGCAGCAGUAGGGGAGGAAGCCGCUGUGAAGUUAAGAGAAGACAUUGGUGAGAUGUGGCUGAGAAUGGUGCAAGCAGUCAGGAAACUGUGUUUGGACCCAAGGGAGGAAGUGAGGAACCAUGCGCUUCUAAUGUUGCAAGGGUCAGUGGCAGGAGUAGAUGGAAUUAACCAGUUCCCUAUAGCCAAGUGGUUCCAGUUCUUUGAUCUGGUGAUCUUCACAUUGCUCGAUGAGUUACUGGAAAUAGCACUGGAGAGCUCUCCUAAGGACUAUAGGAAAAUGGAGGAAACACUUGCGCUGGGCAUGAAAGCAAUGACAAAAGCAUUUCUGCAGCAGUUGCAAGAUCUGUCGCGGCAGCCUUCCUUUUGUAGAUUGUGGUUAGGGGUUCUAAAUCGGAUGGAGAGAUAUUUGAAGGCGAAGUUCAGAGGGAAGCGAAGCGAGAAGAUUCAUGAAUUAGUACCGGAGCUUCUUAAGAACAUCUUGUUGGUGAUGAAGACGACUGGCGUUCUCUUGGCUAGUAGUGAUGACAUUGCCGGGGAUAGCUUUUGGCAGCUGACAUGGUUGCAUGUGAAGAAUGUGUGUCCUUCACUGCAUUCGGAAUUAUAUCCCGACGACGAAAUGCAAGCAAAUCAGAAUGUUUCCGAAGGGGGUCCAGCAGGAGAUCAGGCUGUGAUUGUUUAGUCAACGGCAGCCUUAACUUGAAGCUUAAACUCUUCUAGGAGUUCUGCUGCACAGGUUAAAACGGUCACCGCAAUGUCGUAAUUUUAUGUGCAUACCUUUGAAGAAAUAUACAAUGCCUGAAAUUCAUCCAUGAUAGCUUCUUUCUUUUUCUUCUUACUGAGGGUCUCACCUCUUUCAGCCACCUUCAAUUUUGUGGAUUCAUUUCCCCUCGGAUCAUUUAUAAAACACGAAACUGUGAAGCUAGUUUACUGUUUGUUGUCCGCUCUUACUUUACAUUCUAAGAGUUUCACCAGAUGCUUCAUUUUAUUAUUUACCGGGCAAACAAUGUGUACAUAAAACUAGACUAGCGUGAGCCCCGACCAUUUGGCCGGAGGAAGGUGAGGUAUGAAAUUUGAUAAUGUAAUGGGGUGUAUAGCUUAUUGUUGUAUAGUUUUUUUUUUUGGAAACACGUGAUAAAAAUGAAUUUUAGUAGGAAAGAGACAUGAAUGAUGCAACGAAUAAAAAAUCAGCCUUAUGAACCAAAAUCAAGUACCUGUUAUUUUGUGAAACAAUAUUGUUUCUGGUAAUAUGAUGAGGUGGAGUAAGUUUUAAAGAAACGGAAUUCCAGAAAAUCGAAUAAAAAAUCGCAUAUCCCGCCGAUUUUCGGGAAAUGAGCAUCUCACAAUCGUUGCUAGCUCUUACUCGGCCCAUUAGCCAAUUAAUUUGUUUUAUAAAACUUUCAUCUUGUCAUCAUUGUGCUUUCUGGUUUUUUGCCAAGCCAUGAUAAAAUCUAAAGAAAUCAAGAAUGAACAACACGAUUUGGGAUAGGAAUAGAAAAUGGUGGUAAACACGGACUAACCUGCCAAACUGGUUUGGAUUGAGAUUUUUAUUGGGUAUCAAGGAACCAUGUGAUUAUAAAUUAGACUUGAUCAAAACGGGCCAAAACUUGAAAUUCAACAUGUUUGACCGACCCAUGCCAAACUCUAGUUAUUCUUUACUUUUAAACUUUUAUUUGAAAAUAAAAAAAUAAUGAAAGAAAAGAGAUGACUGCAAUUCGUCAUUUGCACAUCACUGAUUCGGGAAUAAAACUAUAGAAUUUUG